AGGAAGCUUGCCUCGCCUCUUGCUUUCAGCCAAUCCGAACACCGGCUCUUCGUGGGGCUCCGCCUCCAAGCUCAGGCACGCCGUUCAAUGGCCCGCGAAUGAGAAAGCUCCGCCCACAAGCUGUUGUGCGCCUGCGCUCGGACUGAGCUCCUCCCCCCACACCAUCCGCCGCUGGCCGUGGGGCUGAAGGGCUGUCAUGGAGGACCCGGCGACUCCCGGCCCGUUGGAAAAAGGAGCCCUGGUGGAGCUCACCCCGACCCCCGGAGGCCUGGCUCUGGUGAGCCCCUACCACACCAACAGGGUCGGGGACCCUUUAGACCUCGUGGCGCUCGCCGAGCAGGUGCAAAAGGCUGAUGAAUUCAUCCGAGCAAAUGCUACUAACAAGCUGACAGUCAUUGCCGAGCAAAUCCAGCAUUUGCAAGAGCAAGCUAGGAAGGUGAGAAAGAUGCGUGUUCAAGGCCAGUGCAGGUUAGGCAGGCUUUACUUUUCAUUUGCUUGGGAGGAUUGGCUGAACUUACAGUCAUGGUGCUUUCUCAGUUUUUAAUACAUUAGGAACAUGUAGCCAUUUUGAUUAAAUGCAAGAAAUAUGCCCAAGAGGUUUUGUUA